AAAAGGGGUGUCGCUGCGCAUGCGCGACGUUCAUGUUGUUGUUUGUGGCGGUAAGAUGGCGGCGCUCGGAGACACCUCGGCUCCGGGGGUGAAUGGGUUAAUACAACAAUUCACAGCAAUAACAGGGGCUACAGAGAGUGUAGGGAAGCAUAUGUUGGAAGCAUGCAACAACAAUCUGGAAAUGGCAGUGACCAUGUUUCUGGAUGGAGGCGUGGUGGCGGAGGAGCCCAGCACAAGCUCUGGUUCGGCAGCGUCCAGCAGCAGGGUUCCGCCUUCAGACGAAGUACGAGCGCCCAUUCCCCAAAAGCAGGACAUACUAGUGGAGCCGGAGCCGCUUUUUGGAGUGCCAAAACGGAGGAGGCCGGCUCGAUCCAUAUUUGAUGGCUUUAGAGACUUCCAGACGGAAACAAUCCGCCAAGAACAGGAGCUGCGGAACGGUGGAACGGUAGACAAGAAACUUAGUACUCUAGCAGACCUUUUCCGUCCUCCCAUUGAGCUGAUGCACAAAGGCAGCUUUGAAACGGCGAAAGAAUGUGGCCAACUGGAGAACAAGUGGUUGAUGAUCAACAUUCAGAAUGUCCAAGACUUUGCUUGCCAGUGCCUGAACAGAGACGUGUGGAGUAACGAUGCCGUGAAGAACAUCAUCAGAGAACACUUUAUUUUCUGGCAGGUAUAUCACGACAGUGAAGAGGGAGAACGAUACAUCCAGUUCUAUAAACUCAACAAAUUUCCAUAUAUUUCCAUUCUAGAUCCACGCACCGGUCAAAAAAUGGUGGAGUGGAACGAGCUGGACGUGGCGUCCUUCCUGGAGCAGGCCACUGGCUUUUUGGCAGAACACGGGCAGUUGGAUGGGCCAUCUUGCCCUGCCCCGCCGGCCAAACGGGCUCGCUCUGAGAGCCUGAUCGAUGCCAGCGAAGACAGUCAGCUGGAGGCAGCAAUCCGAGCCUCGCUACAGGAAACCCACUACGAGUCCUCCAAUGUCCCCGAUGUCCCCGCCUCACCCAAGUCUGAGGACGACUCUGACGCUGAGCCUUUCACGGACAGUGAGGGACCUAUCUCAGUCGAUGGUUCUGACGGCGAAAUGCCGGAACUCCUGAAAGAGAAAGCUUACACCGGCAAACACCCCACAACGGCCGAGCCCGCCCUACCCCAUCUUCAUCCUGAUAGCACAUCUUCUUGUCACCGGAAAUCGCCGUUCAAAGAAAACAACCACAGUCACAAAAAAGAGGAGAGCAAAAAGAACCACCUGGAGCCCUUGCUCACAAGACCACGUCAGCCUCAUUCGGACGCAGGGAACUCGUGUACGGCGGUAGCAGACAGCGCGGGUCCCUCCAAGACCUGUGACGAUGACUGUCCUGAAGAUAAUGGCCCCAAAGCAAGAUUGAUGCUUCGUUACCCAGAUGGACAUAGAGAGCAAAUAUCCUUGUCGUCUCAAGCAAAACUUAUGGCACUGGUGAGACACGUCCAGUCCAAAGGUUACCCCAACGAACGCUUCGAACUCGUAACCAACUUCCCUCGACGGAAGCUCACCCACUUGGACUAUGACAUCACGCUGCAGGAGGCGGGGCUUUGUCCGCAGGAAACUGUAUUUGUGCAGGAGAGGAACUAACCUUAGCGGACUUAAACAACCAUCAUUGGUAGUAAGUGGGACUGGGGCUGGGUUAGAGGAGGCUUGUGGUCUUUUGGGGGGGUGGGUCUCCCUUCUCUUUCCAAGAUCCCAUGGGUUCACAGCUCCUUGGCCAGUACAGGAUGCCAAAAAUCAUUUGGUUUCUUGCGAGGAUUCAGGUUUUUUUUCCUGGAUUCCAGGCCCAGCAAAAUAGAAUGACCAUGCUAUAGCUGUUGUUCCAAUCAAAUCUUCACUCAAAAGACUCCAGCUGCCACUCUCAGCAAAGACUAAUGAUGUUUUUUUUUUUUUUUUUUUGUAUCUCUUGCUAUUUCUCAUACCCAAAAACGGGAAAAGGAAGCCUCAUUCUUCAUCCACUCAUUCAGAUUCAGCUGUUCUCUCUUUGCAAUUCUGAAAUGUUUGACAUUUCUAAGGGGGACUGCAUCGAUCACCUUUUUACUCGCAUUUCUAUCAGUCCAUUAGAGACUAAUGGUUGAUCCUUUCCUUUUUUUCUGGAAAGCCAACUUUUGAUACGGAACAACAGAAUGCUAGCACACAUCUCGCCUGUCAGUUGGACAUUUGCUGUACAGAGGUGGCUUAGCGAGAGAGACGAACUGAGAUUAAGCUGUUAGAUGGGUUCCCCCCCCCCUUUCUUUCUUUUUAUAUGCUGCCAAGAAAUUAUGCCCAUGAUGAAAUAUAAUUACCAAAAACCAAAGGAGCUUUUGUUUGGUGUUUUGUUCACUCACUCGGGACAACAACUCAACACGCGAUACAAUGUUAGAUCAUUAUUAUGUAGCACAUUUGUGUCGAGCGGGUGUUUCCUUCAAGGGAAAAGGCUAACCAAUUCAUUAUUAAUUUUCAAAAAGAAAGGAAACUAAAGGCUGAAUCUGGGAAUCAUUUAAAUUCAGUUCUUUGCCAAAGUACCCACAAGUCAAAUUUGAAAUAUUUGAAAUUAUUUUUUUUAAAUGACAGCUUCAGUGAUGGACUAAAACCAAGAAAGCUAACACUUGUAAAAUGCAUCCUGCGUCAACUGUAGUCUUAUUUAUACAUACAAAAUUUUGCACAUAAUUAUGU